UCUUUUGAACUAAGAAUAGGAAUACCCUUCAAAGUCUUUAAAUAAUUCCAAGUUUUUUCAACCUCUUCAAUGGCUAUUUUAGUAACAUCCAUGUUGCUACUACUAGCCCCAUGGUACUCAUGGGCAUCUGGAGAUAGUGGUUAUGUUGUAGAUGCUUGUAGUGUUACAACAUAUCAAGAUCUUUGUAUCCACUCUCUUGCUUCCUAUUCAAACAUUGCAAAACGGGACCCGAGUAAGUGGGCCCGGGCGGGUGUCUCGGUCACCAUAGGUGAAACGAAGAAUGCGACUCGGUAUUUAUUAGGACUAAAGAAGAAGAAUCGAUUCAAGGGAAGAAAUCGGGUUGCGGUUUAUGAUUGUGUGGAUGUGUUUCAAGACACAUUGGAUAACCUUCACAAAUCGUUAGGGGUGCUUAGACAAAUAAGUGCUGUAACAUUUGAGACACAGAUGGAGGAUGUCACUACUUGGGUUAGCAGUGCACUUACUGAUGAAGAAACUUGUUUAGAUGGGUUUGAAGGGCAAAAAGGGAAACAAAUCAAGUUGUUGGAAAGUAGAGUUAAAAGAGUGAGUUAUUUUACUAGUAAUGCUCUUGCUCUUGUUGCUAAACUUGCUUCCACUGGGCCAUAGGAAUUACGACAACACCCAUUUCACCAUUAUGCCCUUUAGGCAAACUUACCCUUCUUUUUAUAUUUACCAUCUUUAGCAUAAGCAAAUAAAUUGUUGGUUCCCAUGAUUGAAAUAUAUGGAGAAGAUUUCAAACUCAUGGUAACAUGAAUGAAACACUUGUGUAAAUGACUUCACCUUUGUUCCUUUUAUAUAUAUAUCGUGGUAUCAGUAUUUUGUGUC